AAGCUUGGCGGAAUUUGCAAGCAAGCGAGGAGGCCGGGUGUGCCUGUAAAGGAUCCGCCGCCUUCGGGGAGCCCGAGGUCACUGCCUGAGGUCACAGACAGUGACGGUCCAGCUCCCACUACCAGGCUCACACAGCACAAGUGGCAACGCUGCAUGAGAUCACAAUUCUGGACUUUCAGUGGAGGUCUGACACCACGCCUUGAACAAAACUGGGCCCCGAAUCCUCAGGAGAUAGGUGGGGAAUGAACAGAGAUGUAAAGUUUAGAUGUGUGGCAACAGCUAAACGUGGGGUCAGGUUUCUCUGGGUCCUGGCUAUAUUUAACCUAGUGAUCUAACACCAGGCGGAGGGUUUAAAUGCCACUGCUGCAGUUGGUGUGGAGCAGUUGUCACCCACAGAUCUUUCUCGGCACGAGCUUGGGGAUCCACGCGCAGUGUGCACGCCGCCACACACCCCGCAGGACGUACGACGCGAACCCGGCACGGAGGACGAGAGCCGCUGGAGCCACCGGAGUGCGCGGCGCAGCUGUUGCCGAGAUGGAGCUUUUCGAGACCAACCCGUACUUCUUCCCCGACCAGCGCUUUUAUGAAGGCGCCGACACCUUCUUCCCCUCCCGGCUGAGCGGGGGCUUCGAGCAGGGUGGAUACCAGGAGAGGGGCGGCGUGGUGGGGCUGUGCGCGGACAGCAGGCUGCUACCUGGAGGCGCGGCAGGGCCCGAGGACAAGCUGUCUCCGGCGCCGGCGCUGGGCCUGCCGCUCUCGCCCGGCCAGGAGCAGCUGCACUGCCCGGGCAGCUGCCUGCCAUGGGCCUGUAAGGUGUGUAAGCGCAAGUCCGUCAGCGUGGACCGACGGAGGGCGGCCACGCUGCGGGAGAAGAGGAGGCUGAAGAAGGUGAACGAGGCGUUUGAGGCGCUCAAACGCAGCACUCUGAUGAACCCCAACCAGCGGCUGCCCAAGGUGGAGAUUCUACGUAGCGCCAUCCAGUACAUCGAGAGGCUCCAGGCGCUGGUCAGCUCCUUCAACCAGCAGGAACAUGAGCAGACUGGACUUCCCUACCGGGGCUCGGCGCCGCAGAGGGUGUCCUCCUCCAGUGAGCAGGGCUCCGGCAGCACCUGCUGUAGCAGCCCGGAGUGGAGCAGUGCGUCGGAACACUGUGGCCCCGCCUACAACUCCACCCAUGAAGAUCUUCUGAACGAAGACUCUUCAGAUCAUGCCAACCUGAGGUCUCUGACAUCUAUUGUAGACAGCAUCACAGGCUCAGAGGCCACACCAGUCGCAUACUCAGUGGACAUUAAAUGAAGAAGAGUAGGUGUGAAGGUACACUGGAGGUACAUCAUGAAGUCCAGGUCCAAAAAACCUCUAAACGGCAGCACUACCUAGAACACCCAAACCAAAUAUGAACCCAAAUGAAGCCACAGAAGCCCCAUGGGUACUGUUUCCAAGUAAAUUUAGUGGUCCACAGCAACUAUUUCCAAUUUUUCUCUUAUGUUUGGAAGAGGUUGAAGCUAGCUAGUCUAGACUUCAUAUAGGCGAACAGACUGACCUUAUGUCCUUUCAAACCUUUCCUUGAUCCUUUUGUUUUUGCAUUCUGUUUGUGUGUGUUAUGCUUACCAACAAAUAUUAAUUUGUGGGGCCAAUGUUUUAUGACCGUUUUGACCAAUAUUUGCUUAAUUUAAACUAGUUCCGAAAUGCCAUGUAAAUACGUUCCUAUUUUCUACAGAGUGGUUUUGCUAUUUUAUUUUCUAUUCUUUGUUUGGAAUAAUUUAUUUGGACUUUUAUAAUAAAGAUUGUUGUGUAUUUGUA